AUGGAGCCGGAGCUCGCGCCGACGCUCGCGCCAGGCGGAGGCGGAGUGGAAGGCGGAGGUAACGCGGAAGGUGGAAGCGGAGGGGGAGGCGGAGCGGAAGAUGGAGGCCCAGAUGUUGCGGACGCGCCGGUUGAUGUCGGAGAAAAGAUGUCCACGGAGGUUCCGCAGUCGGCGCAGUUUCCUGUGGAUCCUCCGCGCAAGGACAUGAUGCAAAUGUUUCAGGAGCAAACGGCAUCCGUCCUGCUGGAUCCUAUCGAAGCCGCCUUUGACGAGGAUGGGCUUGACGAGGAUGACGGGGACCUUGACGGAGACAUGGACGGUGGUGAUGACGAUGACGGUGAAGGCAACGUUGCCGGCGACGGCAAUGGCGACGACGAACGCGAUGCUGACGGCGACGGCGACGGCGAUGGUGACGGUGACGGCGGCGACGGAGAAGGAGACGGGGAAGGAGACGGGGAAGGAGACGGGGACAAAGACGAUGACGACGGUGGUGGCGGUGGCGGUGGUGGUGACGGUGACGGCAAGGAGCUGCCGGCAAAGUUAAGUCCGGCUGACGCGGACCUCCCCUUCAAGCGGAAACGCGGACGGCCGAAGAAGAUCCGCAGAGCGGAGGCACCAGACGCGGACGCUUUUUCUCCGCUCAUGGAGGACGCGCUGGGCGGGCGGCCGUUCAAGCGGCGCGCUUUCGCGGAGGCGGACGCCGUGCGCGUGGGGAUGGCGUUCCUGGAGCGCGGGGAGAAGAAACCGCGCGUGGAACGAGACGUGGCGCUACCGCGCGGACCGGCGCAGGGGCUGGAUCGGCCGCAUCCGCACAAAAUCCACUCGCGGCUCGGGCUCCAGCCGCAUCUGCAUCCUCCGCAGCCGCCGCUGCCGCAGCAGCAGGUGCCCCUGCCUUUGGAUCCCCUCUUUGGCCGCUUCGGGCGGCGACCCCAAGGGGAUAGCAAGUUCGUUCCGGAUUGGGCGGCGAACUUCGCGGCGGAGAUGGGCAUAAGCGCGCGCCCGAAGGCCCCGCGUUAUGAGGACGCGCAUUACGAUGAGAUGGCGGAGGAGGAAGAGGAGGAGGAGGAUGAGGGGGGGUUUGCGGGUGGAAUGCGGGGAGAGGGCUUGCGGAACUUGCGUGGAAGGCGGGGAUCGGGGGCGGGUUUUCGUGGCAUUGCAGGAUUGGAUGGUUUUGGCGGUGCUGACGUGGACGGGAAGCGGAAACGGAAAGGACGGAGGCGGUUCCAGCAUUUGCAGGAUGAGGAUGAUGACGUGGUGGAGGUAAAAAAUGACGUGUUGUUCUUCCCGGCCAACCGCGGGGGAGUGAACAUGGACCGUAGGCGACGCCGUGAGAUGCGGCGUGGGUUGCAACGUGGAAUGCGGGCGCAUAAGGAGAGUCUUCGAGGCUCUUUAAAGAAGGUCAGGCGGAAGGGGCUUGAGAAAGACAGGACCAAAAUGGGGAUUGAAGAGGAAGGAGAAGGGGAAGGGGAAGAAUUAGGAGACGAAGCAGUGGGGGAGGAUGGGAAUAAGAUUCGUUUGACGGAUAGCAUGCCCGUGCCUUUGUUUCCGGGCACCUUGGGCAGCAGCGGGAUAAAAGGGCAGCCACAGAUGAGCAUUCUUGGGGAGGACUUGUGGGCGGAAGAGGAGGAGGAGGAGGAAGGAGGGGACGGGGAGGCGGAGGAUGCGACCGGAGACUGGGCGCAUCAGCUGCGCCUGGAGCAGGAGUUUUUGCGCGGGAAGGCGCAGGACAGGGAGCGGGAGCGGGAGAGGCGGCGGGGGGCGCAGAGGGUAAAGGCGGGAGAAAAAGAGCGCCCGGCGCAACAGCAGGGAGAGGGGGAGGGGAAGGACGAUCAGGAAGUAGUUGCGCCCGACGCGGUUGGUCUCGGGGCGGAGGGGGAGGGGAAGGCGGACGGGGACGGGGAGGCGGAAGCCGGCGCUGCCACUGGCGGAGUUCCCGCAGGCGCAGAUGAUGAGGAGCGGGCGGAAAGGGAGCGUUUGGAGAGGGAGAGAAGGGAACGCGAACGGAUGGAAAGAGAGAGGGCGGAGAGGGAGCGCGUGGACAGGGAACGUCUGAGGAGCCAACAGAAGCUUCUAGAAGAAGCGAUAGUGGAGAUGAAACGGAUGAGGGGAGAGCAGAUCGCGAUGGGGCGGGAGCUAAGACGCGCGCGGAACACCAAAGAGGCGGCUAAGCAGGCAUUCGGGGAGAUGAAGAAACAGGUGGUGGCGCAGGAGCACAUGCUGGCGCAGGCGCGCGUGCAGCUGUCCUUGCUGGAGGGGGUCAACAAGGCGCAGACGGAGGAGAUCUCGCGCCUCUGGAUGGCCGCCACUCAGAACCAACCCGGGCUCGCCCCUAUCACGGGCCUUGCUGCACCGCCUGGUACGGUCAUGGGGUCUGAUACGCGGUUCUUUGCUGCUUCUGCUGCUUCGGCUGGUGGUUUUGGCGGUGCUGGUGGUGGUGCUGGUGCUGGUGCUUCAGGUGCUGCUGGUGAUGGUGUGCGUGGGGCACGAGGAGAGAGCAGGUCUGCUGGCGGCGCUGGUAGUGAUGGGGUGGGUGACGGGUCCAGUGAGGAACAACAGCAGCAGCUACAGCAGCAGAAGCAGGACCUACAGAAGCAGCAGCAGCAGCUGCAGCAGCAGCGCGAAGCCGUAACAGCCCAGGCACUCGCCGCAGAUCUCGAGCUAAGCGCCACUAAGCUACAGAUAGCCAUGAAGGAACGACCCGUUCGCACCCUCCUGCAAAUCGCAUGGAGCCCUGCCAACAACAUCGGCGCGCUCGCCAAGUCGAAGUUUAAAGAAGCAAACGGAGGGAUGGCUUUAGGGCAUCCUGGGGACAUGCAGUGGGAGGACGUUCUUAAAGCCCUAGAGGAGUAUAUUCGGCUGGGAUCGCUGGAAUUCGCUAAGUACCAGCUCAUGUUUGGGUUUAAGGAGAAGGCGGUGUACCGCGCCCGAAGCAGAUUGCAGGACGGGCGGACCCAAGCCACGCUGCUAGCCGCGGCACACGACGAGGCUCGGCAGCAGCUGAUGGAGGGGACGUUGGAGUUUGAAGCGCAUGCUUUGGCGUCUUCUGUGGCGGCCAGCGUGGGGAAGCUUCUGGGAACUGUGGAGGACGAGAAGCAUGAGGACGAGGACGAGGAAGCAGCGGUUCAGUCUCUGAUUGCGUCGGCUGCGGCUAACGCAGAGAACGCAGCGAGGGAAGCGGAGAGAGAGGUGAUUCAAGCCCAAGCGAACGCAGCUGCUGGCCUCCCCCCUGCCGCUGACCCUGCUGCUGGCGCUGCUGCCGCUGCUGCGGGUGUUCCUGGCAGCGCGGGUAUGGACGGUGGUGUUGGGAUGGAAGGGGUAGACGCUGCAGGGGAGAUGGGCGCAGGAGGGGACGGGGAUGGUGUGAUUCGGCGGAAGCCUGGGCGGCCGCGGGGAGGGGGGGCUGCGCUGGCGAUAGGAAACGGGGACCUCCCCGCGCUCUCCCGUGUGCGGAUCCCCAAGAUGCCCACUCUCCCCGCGUCCGCGCAGCAGGCGAAUGGGGAGGGGAAGAAGAAGAAGAGGAGGAACCGGGGGCGGGGGAGGGGUGCUGCGGAAGGGGGAGGGGGGGAUGUGGGGGCGGACGAGAUGGGGAACGCGGGGGAAAUCGGUGGGGGGGGUGAAGGGGCGGGGGGAGGGGAGGGGAUGGCGGGCGCGGAGGUUGUGGGGGGCCGGGGGAGGGGGAGGGAUGGGGGGGUGGCGGAGGUUGAUGCAGCAGCGGCGGCGGCAGCUGCUGCUGCAGCGGUGGCCGCUGGGCUGGAAGGGCAGAUAGACGUUGAGGCGGUGGCAGCAGCACUGGCGCAGGCGACAGGGGGGGGUGGUGGCAACCGGGGCGUGGCGCAGCAGGCAGGAGGGGGCGGGAGGAUCGGACUGGAAAGGCAGCGGUUGCAAGAGCAGCAGCAGCAGCAGCAGGAAGAGGAGCAGCAGCAGCUGGGACUGCAGGGGCAGGGGCAGCAGCAGGGGCUGGGGCAGGGGCAGCAGGGGUUAGCGCAGCAGCAGGGGUUGGGGGAGCUUGAGCAAAUGGCAGCGUCUUGGGCGGCGAUAGUUCAGCAGUCGGGGGCAACAGACUCGUCUUCUCUUGUUGAGCUGAGGAACUCGUACAUUCAGCAGCAGCAGCUGCUGCUGCAGCAGCGGCAGCAGAGCCAGCCGCAAGCCCUGGCCCAACAGCAACAGCAGCAGCAGCAGCAGCAGCAGCAGCAGCAGCAGCAGCAGCAGCAGCAGCAGCAGCAGCAGCAGCAGCAGCAGCAGCAGCAGCAGCAGCAGCAGCAGCAGCAGCAGCAGCAGCAGCAGCAGCAGCUGGCUGUAGGGGACGCCUGGCAGGGUUCUGGGUUUGGGAGUUUAGAGGCGCUUUGGCAGCAGGCGGGGCGGAAUGCAGUGCUGGGGCAGGGAGGGACGGGCGGAGGGAGGGGCAGCACUGGUGGUGGGGCCGGGGCUGUGGCGGUAGGGGGAGCAGGCGGGGAUGCUGCUGGUGCUUUUGCAGCACAAAAUGUUCAACAGCAGCAGCAAGGUAAUGCGCAUGCUGCGGCGGCGGCAGCUGCGGCAGCGGUGAUUGCAGCGGCAGCAGCCGGCAGUGCGGGACUUGCAGGUGUUGCGGGUGGGGGAGUGGCUCAGCAGGACCUGCAGGGGGGAACCCCGGUGAUGAAUCUCAACUUCCCUGUGGCUGAGGAUGCAGCAGGAGGUGCUGCUGGCGGCGGCAGCAGGCGGGAGUCCCGUCGGCAGCAGCAGCUGCAGCAACAGCAGCAGCAGCAGCAGCAGCAAGGGCAGUAUCUGGGUUCUCAGAGGCAGGGCUCUCAGCAGCCCCAGCAACAUCAGCAGCAGCAGUAUCUGCGUCAGCAGCAGCAGCAGGCGCAUGUGCAGCCGCAGGUGCAGACUCAGCAGCUUUACCAGCAGUUGCAGGAGCAGCAGCAGCAGAACGCUCAUCACCACCAGCACCAGCAGCAGCCGCCGCAGCAGCAGCACCAUCAGCAGCAGCAGCUUUUCGGCUCGACAGCAGCAGAAGCUGCUGCGGGGUACGGGAGCUUGCGGCAGGAGGAGGUGCAGCAUCAUCAGCUGUACCAGCAGCAGCAGCACCAGGCGCAGCAGCAGCUGCAGCAGCAGCACCAGCAGCAGCAACAGCAGCAGGAGGUGCAUGAGCCAGAGCAGCAGGGUUCCCAGUGGCCCCAGUCGCUCCCGUUCGCCAACCUAGGCGGUUUGGAUAAUGAAACUGAGCCUCUUCAGUUCACUACCCCUGCUGCUGCAGCUGCUGCCACUGCUGGGGGGCAUGCCGGGGCAGCUCGGGUGUUGCAGCAGGGAGGGCUGCAGGCUUCAGCUUGGGGUGAAGUAGCUUCGGCAUUAGGCUCGGUUUCCGGGGUUGGGGUAAAUAACCCUGUGCAUUUUAACCUCGGGCAGCAGCUGGCAGGGAAUCGGGCAGGAGGCGAGGCGGAGUUUGAUCGGGUGCGCUUGUGGGGGAAUGAGUGGGAUGGGGUGAAUGCUGGGGCAAAUGCUGCUGCGGCGGUGGCUGCAGCGGCAGCAGCAGCUGGGGGAGGGCAAGGGGAGGAGAGUGCUAGUGCCGGUCUGCAGCAGCUGCACAAUCUGGCUGCAGCACAAAAUCAGUUGCUUCAGUUCUCACGGGCUUUUGGGGCUAAUGCCUUUGCUCGCCA